CAGGCAGGAGGAACUGGGAAGUGGAAAGGACAAGGUGUUUGUACUUUAAUGAUCCAGAUAGCAAGACCAAAAAGAAAGAGGGACAGGAGUGCUAUUGCCAGAGGGAUGGAUGACCGAGAGCAUCUCCCUCAGAGUACACGCAGGGCAGCUGACAGGAGCCAUCGGCCUUCAAUCAAGAGAGAAGGAACCCUUUCCAACCCCAGAAGAUACAAUGAACAGGACUAUGACUCCCUGCUGAAGAUCUGUCUGGACAGAUGCUGUUUGUUUGAGGAUUCAACCUUUCCUGCUGACUGGACAUCUGUAGGGAAAUGCAGUGUCCAACCAAUGCAAUGGAGGAGACCCUAUGAAAUCCAUCGGAAUCCCAAGUUUUUUGUGCAAGGAGCCAGUCGAUUCGAUCUGUGCCAAGGGAAUGUGGGAGACUGCUGGUUUCUAGCUGCAUUGGCGUCCCUGACGAUGCAGGAGGACCUCUUUGCUCACGUCGUGCCGCAAAAUCAAGAUUUUCAAAUAAAUUAUUGCGGCAUCUUUCACUUUCGGUUCUGGCAUUAUGGUGACUGGGUGGAUGUUGUGGUUGACGAUCGUCUUCCUACCAACGAAAAGGGUCAGCUCAUUUUUGUCAGGUCGUGUGACUGCAAUGAGUUCUGGUGUGCUCUGCUGGAGAAGGCCUACGCCAAGUUGUAUGGAUCAUACAGAGAUUUGCAUAUGGGUCAGAUUUCGGAAGCCAUGGUGGACUUCACGGGUGGGAUUAAAUCCCUGAUCUCCCUGCAGAACCCGCCUCCGGACCUAUGGAAGAGAAUGAAGAGAGCCUUCGACCUUGGCUCCUUCUUGGGCUGCUGCACCACCUCGGUGAAUUCCACAGAGACCAAAUUACCAAACGGGCUGGUGUUGACUCAUGCAUAUUCAGUAACCGGUAUUGAAGAGGUGCCAUACAAAAACCGAAUGGAGCAGCUAGUCCGAGUGAGGAAUCCAUGGGGGAACAGUGUAGAGUGGAACGAGCGUUGGAGUGAUCGGUCCGAGCAGUGGAACAAGGUUAAUCCCAAGAUCAAAGAGAAUCUUCUGAGGAAUCGAGAAGAUGGAGAAUUCUGGAUGGCAAUACAGGACUUCAAGGCAAAUUUUGAGAGGCUGGUAAUUUGCAAUUUAACCCCAGACUUCCUGACUGAUACAAACCAGCACAAAUGGGCCCUGUCCAUUCACUGUGGCGCCUGGCUCAAGGGACACAGCGCAGGAGGGUCUAUGAACAAUAAAGGAAUGUUUCACAUGAAUCCACAGUACACCGUGACUUUGACCGAGAAUGAUAUGGAGAAAGAGACGAACAGCUGCCCCUUCAUCGUCUGCCUCCUGCAGAAGCCAAGGGACCGGAGGCGAAAUAGAAGCCCUCAUUUUUACAUCGCCUGCUUCCUAUUCAAGGUUCCUCCCACCUUCCAGGUACAGAACGAGAAGUUGCCACGGACGCUCUUGGAUGAGUGUUACCUGGUAAAACAGCCAACAUACCAGAAUAGCAGGGAGGUCAGCGAAACCUACGAGCUGGGACCGGGCACUUAUGUCUUGGUGCCAAGUACCUGCAACCCCAAUGAACAAACUGAGUUCCUCCUCCGCGCCUACUUCCAAAAGGGAAAUUACCCAAAAGGGACAAGUUCCAACUCUAAUCUCCACCAUCCUAUGGUACCCACCAGUUUCUCAUCGAGACAUUCGGUACUGAACAGAAAUGUUAACGGCUCCUGGGAACAGAUCUUCAACAAGUAUGCCCAGAACCUACAGCCUACAUGGUCAACGCCUAGUUUCGACAGGUCUGAAAGUUUGAGCCCUCCUCUGUCCCCCACCCCAAUGUCCCCUAUCGCAAUGGAGGCCUGGUCAUCCCAAGCCCACAAGAAACACGACAGCUGGUCAGAGGGGUUUCCGCUCCCCAUGUCUCCCAGGUCACCCGUCGCUCAGGGCCCAGAGAUCGAUGCUGUUGGUUUACAGAAGAUCUUAAAUGAAGUCUUGCUGCAAGACCAGAAGACAUCAGAAGGUUUCAGCCUGGAUAACUGCAGAGGGAUUGUGCUGCUCAUGAAAUUCAGUGGAACAGGAAGACUUGACAAGCACGAUUUCAGACGCCUAUGGGAAAAGCUGGUGCUUUUUAAGGAACUUUUCCACAAGAGCGAUAUAAAUGGCACCGGAUUGCUGUAUCCAGCACAACUAUCCAACGGCUUGCAGGAAGCUGGUUUUGAAGUCACUAACUCUGCACUCAAACUCAUGGUCCUGAGAUAUGGUGACUCAUCAGGAAGGAUCAGUUUGGAGAGUUUCAUCAAUUGCUUCCUCCGUGUGGAAUUUGCAACCAUGGAUGCUGCUCACUACUUAUUUUUAAAAGGAAUUUGCUAUUCCAACACUGAGCUGAAGACUGGUAUCCGGGUGGAAAUCAUGUUGGGCUGUGAUGGGCUUCGAUUUCUGUGUUAGAAUGCGGCACGUGUCCGUGUUCAGUAGACAGUGGCUGACACCCUGGUUGGGAGCCAUGCACAAGGAACUCAGUAUACUCGAACUGGACGACACAUCUAUGCAUUGGAAGGAAAGGCAGUUUUGAUGCUUCACCUCUGGAUGACACCCAGCACCUAUCAUCUCAACAAAAAUCACAAAAAGACACCUGAGAAACAACACUGUAAAGAAUUGCCAACAGGAGCUGCCCUUACCCAACCGGCAACCGAUGUCUUUGCUUGUUUUCUAAAGUUCCUGGAAUCCCUGUGGCCCUUGUGAAUUGGACUUUUAGUAUGUCAGUUGUUUCAAUGUCUGCAUGAUGCUGGGGGUGGGGGGAUCAUUUUGUAUUGCCAAUUUUCUUUUUAAUUUUACUCCGAGAGACGUCAAAAUCCAAGCUGCCUGGUGAAACAAUUUGGAAAAGGGGACGAUAGAAAGGUUUUCUUUGUGUUAGGUUGUCACAAAUACAUGGUAAGAUCCUUCA